CCUGAGCAAAGUUUGUGAAACCCGAUUGGACGCCAUUUUCCGGCUUCUUGCGUACGUGCGCUGUACUGCCAAUACUAUUGGAUUCAACGCUGAGGCGAGUAACUUUCUGACUUGAGACAGAAGUCCACAUUUGAUUGGCAGACAUGGCCAUCCCACCAACAUACGCCGACCUUGGCAAGGCAGCAAGGGACAUUUUCGGAAAAGGCUACGGGUUUGGAUUUGUGAAGUUGGAUGCAAAGACUACAACUCAGAAGGGUGUGGAAUUCAAUGUUGUUGGGUCAUCAAAUAAUGAUACUGGCAAAGUAGAUGGAAGCCUGGAGACGAAAUACAGCUGGAAGGACUAUGGGCUCUCUUUCAAGGAGAAGUGGACGACCGACAACAUGCUGUCCACAGAGGUCACCAUCGAAAACCAGAUUGCGCAGGGCCUGAAGAUCACGUUCGACACCAGCUUCUCACCCCAGACAGGGAAGAAGACAGGCCGGAUCAAGACAGGGUACAAGAGGGACUACAUCAACCUCAAUGCAGAUGUAGAUUUUGACUUUGCUGGACCAACCGUUCACGGCGCAGCCGUUGCUGGCUAUGAAGGCUGGAUGGCCGGCUACCAGAUGUCGUUUGACACCUCCAAGUCCAAGCUCACAAAGAGCAAUUUUGCCCUGGGCUACAAGACUGGCGACUUCCAGCUUCACACUGCCAUCAACGAGGGCACAGAUUUCAGCGGGGCCAUCUACCAGAAACUGAACGACAAGCUCGAGAGUGCCAUCAACGUGGGCUGGACGUCCGGGACGAAUGCAACGCGCUUCGCUGUGGGCGCCAAGUACGCACUGGACGAGGACUCUUCCCUACGAGCGAAGGUCAGCAACACAAGUCAAGUGGGUAUUGGGUACACCCACACCCUAAGACCAGGUGUCAAAGUAACCCUCUCCACCCUCAUCGACGGCAAGAGCUUGAACCAAGGAGGGCACAAGCUGGGCCUGGGCCUGGAGUUGGAAGCCUAAAAGGAACAAGGUUAGCCCCAGUUGGGGGGGCGUGGCUUAGCUUGGAGUGCAUAUGGGGGCGCAUUUAUCUUGGUUUUUUGAAAAUUUGUGUUAUAGUAUCUCUAACAGUGGAACAAAUCCCGGAACCCCGGUUUCCGUUGCUGCUAGUUAAGAGAGGAGUGCGUUUCGAGGGAUUCGGGUGGUGAUUUUGUUCAUGUGCAAGGUUUAAAUUAACACCCUAGUUGUAGUGUUUUACGUACCUGGCAAGCAAGACAAAAAAAUUGCAUAUAUGGAGUCCAUAUAGAAAAACAAAUCUCUAAAUGUUUACCCAUAGUUCAAAAAAGUUACCGAGGCCCACUGUACACAGAAUAUUGCUUAUCACGAUUUGCAUUACAAUGCAUGUGAAUGGUUUUUUGUUCUGCUUGGAAAUCUGGUAAGCAGGGUUUUCUGUUUAGCGGAAUCAUAAAGGUCAUCCCGGGUCCAAUUUCAAAAGAGGUGUUAGGCGGAGAAAUUCUGCUUGGUAAUUUUCCCAUUCAGUAGAACUUGGCAGGGAACUAGUCUGGAGCUGUACGAUUCUCAAGGCAAUUUUGGCUGGUUACCUUUUUCCGCCAAACCACCAUAUCCACAAAUUUUUGAGCGACCGCAUGUGUGACUAGAUCCCCAAAGGACGGUUUUUAGGACUUCGGAAGGCUGCCAUUAAUGCUGCCUUUAAAGUUUGUAAGUCAAUAAGAGUAAACAAGCUCUGUACUCAAACCCACCAAGUCGUGUAGGUGCACCCAGAUAGUUUCGGCACUUGGGGUAUUUUUCCUGAAGUAAUGCAUACUGUUGGGGCAAGUGCUUUUACCCUGCCAUAGGCAUUAUUUAUUGCAUUUAGGGCAAAAAUGGUUCUGUCAGUUUUCCUUUCUCUCGAAAUGUCACUUUCUGUGGCCCUGUCAGGUUGCAGCUCUCGAGUAAUCUUUCCAAGUACUGAUUUUCGAUCUCCGUGUUUAAGCGCCGUAGGCUUUCACAUUAGCCCGCAUGCCCAUUUACUGUGACCUGAGGAAAAUCGUAAGUUUUCAAUGAACGGAGUUGUUACAUGUAGCACAGCAGAUACCUGUGAGUCAAAGAUGAUAGGACGUCAGUUUACAGUUGGCUACCUGGGAGCGGCACUGUUGAGUGUAGACCCUUUUUAUCUGUAGGAAUACGAUAACUUUUUUCAGCAAUAUUCAAACUUAAAAAGAAGCUUGGAUGUCCAAGCAACACUCAAUUUUUUUUUUUAAAUUGGGGGCACUUGGGCACCAAUUGUGAAUUUCAAAACCCGCCAACGGUGAACAGAAAUUCAAAGCUGUGGUCUGCUUAGGACUGUGUGAAUAUGGCUGGACAUGCUUCAUGCUCCUAAACUGCCAUGUAAUGCAAAAGUGCAGUGUAAUGUAUACAAUACCGUGGAACGGGCUGUACACUGACUUUUCUCUCUAAAGUAAUUAUUGAUUUCCCAAUUUAUUGUAGAUAAUGUGGUUAGGUUUUCCUGGCAAAGCUGUCCUCUUUGAGCUCUAUGACCAUAGUUCCCAGUAACAACCGUAACGUACAUUUCCCUCUGUUUAGAUACGCCAUUGUAAACAUCUAAUCGACUGGUGUUUCCCUAGAGAUUUUAUUGAAGUGAUGAAUUCUUGAUGAACAGGCGUGUACAUCCUAAGACAUUGAAACCAAUAAUCUAUUGUGGUAAUAAAUCCGACGAAUUGUUGAGCGAUGUUGAGAA